CUGCUGAGAAACGUCUCCCCUCCACAGUCAGACGCCCGAAGGUCUGAGGUGGAUGAGAGCUGGACACUAGUUGAAUCUAACCUCAGCAAGAAAAAAAAAGGAUAUAUUUUUUAAUCUCGAUAUAAAAACACCCAUCAACCAGACUGUUGCGUUAUGGACCCCAACAAGUCUCCGAGCGCCCCUCCACAAGGUUUUGUGGGAGAGAAAUCCUCCAUGGGCCAGGCGCCCCCUCCGCCCUACUAUGACAACCCCGGCUCGGUCUACCCUCAGCCCGGCCCCGCGUACCCCGCGCAGCAGCAGGGCUAUGUGCAUCCAACCCAGUACCCGGGGCCAGGCUACGUGCAGCAGGGCUACCCCGCGGGUCAGCAGUACCCGGGUCAGCAGUACCCGGGUCAGCAGUACCCGGGUCAGCAGUACCCGGGUCAGCCGGCCAUCGUUAGCGUCCAGCCCACGGUGCUGACCCGUGCUCCGCUACAGAACCCGGUCAACGACUACCUGGGCUACUCCAUCUUCACCAUGCUGUGCUGCUGCCUACCGUUUGGAAUCGCUGCCCUCGUCUACUCCAUCUUUACCCGUGAGGCCAACCGCGCCGGGGACCAGGCAGAGGCGGAGCGGAACAGCCGCUUGGCCAAGACGCUGAACCACGUGGCCCUGGGCAUCGGCCUCGGCUUCAUCAUCAUCUACAUCAUCUGCGUAGUGGUUAUGACAAUCAGUCACUAGAAGGCCACCACUAUUACUUUUACAAAGAGUUCUGCUUUGUGUGCUUUUCAUAUGUACAAUGUUUUAUAGCUUUACGGCCCCCUGUUCAGUGUUGCUGCACUACUCGAUAUGUAACAUGUCAGCUUCACGUUUGAGUGGAAUUUCCAGUGUUCCGCUCUCGAAAAGGACGCGUGAGAGCAAUGAAUGAAUUCCUGCUGCUCUUCGUUCAUCAGCAACGUGCAUCUGAGGCUCACCGCAGAGCGAUUCCGUGCUGUUUCUGAGCAGUUCCAGGGGCAUUAUCAGAAUGAGUUAGCAGAGCCAAGAUGGCCGACGCAUCAGUUUCUCAAUCACCGUCUCUGGCUGUGUUAUUCCAAAAGCUGUAGUGUGUUACGUAUCGUUGCCUUUAGCUUUCUUUGUCAUAAAAGGUCUCUAUAGAACGCAUGUAAGCUCCUUGUCUUUACCAAAGUUGAGAAGUGAACAGUUUAAUGUAAAACAGAAAACCUUUUUGAAUAAAGUCAAAUCAUGUAAAUGA